GUUUGUUAAUUUUUGCAUGUACACAUAAAUGACAUUUAAUAAUAGCACCUUAGUAUCAUGCUCUGUGUUAGUGGUUAGUACAGUUGAAAUCACAUGUUGUCAGUUGUGGAAGUGGAAUCUGGUGUAAGCAAGUAGAGUUAUCUUACAAUUCAAACAAUGAGCAAGUGAUUUAGAAUAGAAAGGUUAUUGAAAUCACAGAUCAUGGGUAGACUCAUUCAAAUAUGUUAGGACUUAUUCUUACAUACAAGCAAUGGUGUAAUGAUUGGGUCUGCUUUUUAACAGUACUCACUGGUAUGUUGUCUUGUGCAGGUCGCCUUACAAUUUCCUAAUGAUCUGUUGGCAGAUUCAUCUGCCCUGGCUCAUGUUAUUGAGCAAGAAACAAGAGCAAAGAUGUUUGUUUUAGCAGACACAUCAUAUGGCAGUACAUGUAUAGAUGAAAUUGCUGCUCAACAUGUUAAUGCUGAUUGUCUUAUCCACUUUGGUCAAUUUACACUAGUUCCAUCUGACCAUCUUCCAGUGCUUUGUGUGUUUGGCCGUGAGCUAGUUGAUUGUAGUGACUGUGUCUUGAAAUUCAGAUUGCUUUUUCCGGAUUUGCUGAGUCAUGUUCUUCUCAUAACUAACGUGACAUACUAUCAUGCUCAAGAAAGCAUAGCCAGUCAGCUUAUCGCAGACUACCCCAAUCUUGUAUUAUCAGUUAUUGAUGAAGCAGUUCUUGAUACUGGUAAAAGUACUGCUGUGCUUGAUGACAGCAAGAACAAUAUUGUGACUCAGCAGGCUGUAGAAUUACAAUCUGACGAAACCCAUGACAAAGUGGGAAACAGCUCUGCUCAGGGCUACUGGUGUCAGAACUUGUUUGGUCGAAAGUUUCAACUUGCAGAAGGGCGGUUGCUGUCAGACUACUGUAUAUUUUUUAUUGGUCAUGAGGGAGCUGUGUUGAAUAAUUUCAUGAUGUGUCUCAACAAGUGCCAGUUCUACUCAUACAAUCCAGUGUCUUUCAUUGGACAGCAAGAGUCUCCAAAUAUCAAUCGAUCACUAAUGCAAAGGUAUUAUUUUAUACAGAAAGUAAAAGAUGCCAAAGUAAUAGGAAUCAUUGUAGGAACAUUAGCAUUAGGAAAUAUUUUGGCGAUUAUUGAGAGGUUGAGUCGUGUCAUAAAGAACGCAGGAAAGAAGUCUUAUCUAUUUGUGGUUGGAAAAUUAAAUCCUGCCAAGUUGGCUAAUUUCAUGGAGAUCGAUGUGUUUGUACUUGUUGCUGCUCCAGAAAGCAGCUUACUUGAUUUACAGGAAUUUUAUCAACCAGUUGUCACACCCUAUGAACUAGAAAUGGCAUGCAUUCGGUGUCGUCAAUGGACAGGCGAGUUUAUCACAGAUUAUAGAGAACUCCUCCCAGGAGGUGCUAGUCACGUGAGUAUCGACUGCCAAGCAGAUGAAGACAUCAAACCCGAGUAUUCAUUUAUUACAGGCUCAUUGAAAUCAAUGGCAGUCACCAAAAACAUUCUUGAUGAUGAGUCUCAAGCUCUUGUUGAGAGAGAUCCAAUGGAGGUAGCAACAAUGAAAUCAACAGCUCAAUUUCUCAAUAGCAAAGUAUGGAAAGGAUUAGAACAGAGACUAGGAGAUACACCACUAAGUUCAGCAGUAGAGGGACGGAAAGGCAUUGCCAUUGCUUAUGAAGAUGAGCCACAAACAUGACUUUCAGCUUGUUU